CACAACGUCACCGAUCCCCAAUCACGGAUCUUCUCUUCGCGUCCCCCCAAAAAAGCUGUCGAUCGCCGAAUCGUUAGAUCUCUCUCCGCCAAAACAGACCUCAUCUUCCUCUGAGUCUGCUCGCACUUUCCCCCGGUAACUUCCGGCCAUCUUCUCUCACUUGUCACCCUUGCCUCACCUCACCUUCCUCCCUGCUGGCGGCCUACCUCGACUUGAGGAAAAUGUCAUGGCUGAACCCCCGCCAGCGAGCUCUCGCACCCCGCCUGGCGCGCCGCUGAACGAACCCACGCGACAUCUCGACUCGAUGGAAGAAGCCGGUCCCGAGCGGGUCCAGAAACGACCACGCCUGGAUAGUGGAAGUGGUGUCAGUCCAUCCAUCUCGAUUGACGCUGCCGCCGUUGCUGCGUCCGUGUCUGCUCCUGCCUCAGCUGUCGCGACGCCCGCCGCACCUGCCUCUGCCUCGGAGAUGGAUACCACACCAGACCAGGCUCGCCCCGCCAGAGUCACGAUUAAUGUCAAGUCUCCGACCUCCACCUCCGAACUGGACAUUGCACACACCAUGCGCGAGCCCUCUCCGGUGCCUCCAGGCACCCCGACGCGACCGAACUCGACCGAACCCAACGGCUCACCUUCAAACGUUAUCUCCAUCUCUUCCUCCCCUACCCAGAGCCCAGAAAUCCAAGCUGCCGAUCCUGAAGAUAUGGAUGAGAACUGGAGGCCACUCUCAGACGCGGUCCAAGAAGAAGAAGUGGUUGAGGUUCAUGACUUGCCCUCUUCUUUGGUUGACACCUUUCCCAGAGUCCGUGAGAAUCUCACAGCACGAGAUAACUUGCUCAGAAUCGUGAGCAUGAUACAGAAAGCUGACCCCCGUGAUGCGGAUGCCGCCUCCGCGGUGAAGUCGUGGAUGGAUGACUGCGUGAAGAACCUGGAUCGUCUGACCCUGGAAGAGUUUGGCGAGUCUCAAGAAUUCUGGCAGCAGCUUCCUGACGCGGUGGAGAGCGUGUUGCGUAGACCACAUGAACUGUUGAUUGACGAUGGCUCAGGCAAUGGACCCUGGACCUGCCUGGAAGAGUUUCUCCUUGAUUUUGUGCAGAUCGCCCUUCAGAUAAUACGCAUCGACAUUAUGAUCUUGCGCCAUCUGGUCGAUGAUCCGGAACUUCCCGCACAAGAUAGUCUCUGCAAAGACUACCUUCAGCCUCUCACAUUUGUUUUCCUCUCUCCGAAAAGUCCGAUCCCUUUGUACCGAACUUUGGACAAAAAGUACCCUACCGAUACGAAUGACAUGCUCAUGCGCAUUCGGGCAAAAGCACUUGCACCUCCGAUUGAUCUCGUCCAAACACUAUCAGAAUGGACCGCCCUGACAUUCGAACUUAUUCCCCGACAUACACACUUGACCAGCUCGUUAACCCAUAUUAUGCUCAUCGCAAAUGCCCUGGUAGACUGCCACAUAGAGCGCAGCCAGAAUGUGGACGUAGAUGAGAUUGAUUCCCCAUUGCCCGACUCAGCUUCGAUCCGAUCUCUUUAUGAGAUGGUUCGCUCCAUUGACGACAAGUAUCAAGAAUGGAUUAGCAAGAAGGCCGCCUGGGCUACGAGCGAUCUGAGUGAGCAGUUGGUGCGUUCUAUUUCACAUCACUACAAACACCACUGCUCUCGCAACGCCGAUUUUGUGAACCAGCUCUCAGAGGAUCUCUCUAUCCCAUUACCAGAAGACGCCAGUUUGACAGAAAAGUCCUUGAUCAUAUUUUGGAUGUGGAAGCUCGGAGUCCUUAAGAAGCACAUCAUGGAAGGCCGCAUGGAGCUCCGGGUUCACGGUGUGGAGACGAUGCAGUCCGACUUGGUGAAUGUGUGGAGAUCCAGUAUCUCUAACAAUCCGGGAGGUGUCAACUUGCCGUUCGUGAAGCAACUGGUCCGCUUCAUUCAAGAUAGCAAGAUUGUGGAUUACCUCGUGGGUGUCGACUCUCAUCCGCAGUUGAUUAGCCGGAGUAGCAACAUCGUCGGCUUCCUGAUUGUGACGGAUACGUACACCAACUCCGUGACGGAUGUCAUCUGGAAGACCGUGACGGAAAGCCAAGAUGGUCGGGUCGUCUCCGAGGUCCUAUCGAUGCUGACUCGGACGUUCAACAUGCACAUCACUGCUUCUGCAGCUUUGCUGUAUGUCUGCCAGAAAGUCUUGGAACUGCCUCUCGCUCGGUUCGAUGUGAAUAUGCUCGAGUUUUGCAACAGGUUGCUUAGCCGGAUGUGUGAACAACCCUCUGAUCGACGGAUCUCGGGCAGUUCUGACCACGAUUAUGUCGAUGCGCUUCCCCUACAACUCUGCGUUCGUCUCAUUCGGGACAGCACGGCUGCCGAUGACCUUUCCGUGGAACAGAAGAAAAGUCUGCAAAAAUUUGGCAGUCAGAAGCUCAUGGGCUUCAUCGCCGCUGGUAUCAGCGAGGCUGAUAGGAUGGCCAUCUAUGAGCGCUGCAUCCAAGACAUUGCGGAGAAGAACCAGUUUACUGCCGGUAGCAUCCAAACAUUGAGCGCUCUUGUCCCCCCUCAUGAUGUACAGGAGAUGUUGAAAUUGGCAAGUGACUUUAACUUGACGGGCUUGGUUAUUGACGAUAUGCUCCAUGCCGUGAAUGCUCAGGGUGACGAUUCUACCCACGACCUUUCCCAAUUUGGUUUGGUGCCGCGGUUGACUAUCCUCUUCCGACUGAUCGACAUGGUCCCCGAGACUAUCACUCCGGAUCUUGGGAAGUCCUUGUGGGAUCAAAUCCUGUUGUCCCACAAGAUAGGUGCGGAGGGACGCCAAGCUGUGUGGAAUAUGCUGGUCACUGCCUUGAGUCAAUGCACCGAGGCGAAUCUGUUCCUUCAUAGGUGCAUACACGAAUAUCUCCCUAAUUUGACCCCCAAAGAUUACACGAAGGAGAUCUUGGCCUUUGCAAAGCAGGCCAUUAUCUAUGAAGUGCGAUUCAAUGCUCCGUCUCCUGCCGGUGAGGGCGAGGUCGUGACUAUCCCGGGGAUGGAUCGCAUCUGGAAUUUCAUUCUCACUGCUCCACCUGGUACGAUCGAAGUCCAGGCCACGGAAUUUGCCGUCAAGGUUUACCUGGAUCAUUCGAUCAUCGCCAGUUCGCCACAAUCCGCGAUCGAGGCCACCCAUAUUUCCCUUGUCGAGCGAUGUGUGGAUCAGCUCAAGUCUGCUGCUGCGACGCUGAAGGAGGUGUCAGAUGCCAAUGGAGAUUCUGCUAUGGAGUCUGAGACCGAAACUGGGGACAUGAGCCCCGAGGAGCUUCGAUUCCGACGCUCACUCUAUUUCCUUCACCAGUUACUAAAGGGACUGCGCGCCCGCCCUCAGUACACAUCUCCCAAGGGCUCCCCUCCAAUGCUUCCAGAGCGGCCAAUCAAAGGAGACCCGAUCACCAUAUCUUGGCAAUCCUUCAAUGGAAGUGCCAACUCUAAAAUCAAGAUCCUCCGAAUUGGUGAUCUGUCGACUGCUGGCGAGCUGGUUGAACGACUCACUCAGCUGAGCGGAUUUUCCAAAUUCACAGCAAUUGCUGGGGGCCAACGCGUUGACUUGACAAAGGACCCUGAGCUUACCGUGAGGGAAAUCAAGGUCCUUCAUGCAGGUCUCCUUAUCAUCCGAAAGGCGCCGGAUGCCCGGGAAGUGACCCGAGCUAGCAGCGGAGGCAUGCCGCUUACAUCGGUCGACUCCGAGGUAUUGAAGCACUUUGAUGAGCUCUAUGAUUUGCUGGCUCUGAAUGAUGAUCUUGCACGAGAGAUCUAUGAGUUCCUUGUGACAUUCUCUCCCCAGCCCCGAGUCAGGGACCUUGUCAAAUCUGAGGCCAGCACUGCCAAGGGCUUGUUCCCCUUUGAAAAGCCAUUUGUCGCCUUUUACUCAUUUAGUGCGCUUUUGGCUUGUCUCAUCGAAGAAGCCCUUGAGGAUGAUCCUAACCAGAUCUUCAUCUCUCACAGUAUUGAGGUUCUGGUGAAUUUCUUGAUGGCAGAGGAGCUGUCCAAGUCUCUUGACAAUAACUGGAACUUACUGAACCUUGCUGCAACCGCAGUGGAGUGUCUGUUGGAUGCCAUUGCCCUGCACAGAUCCUCCAGUGAGAAGACUCUGGUAGCCCGCGACAAGGCUUCUCUCGUCAGGCGGGUACUUCACUUCAUUGAGACAGCUCGCUCCGUGACCGCAAGGCCUUCACUGAAUAUGUCUGUUGUCCCGAGAUUGAUUUGCAACUCCUUUGGUGUCCUGGUGGAAGGGUCAAUUCGUGACCAAAGCUUUUGGGAUGCAGUCAAACAAGAAACGCAGCUCGGCCCCUUGAUUAAGACCCUGCUUCUCGAGGAGACUCGACAGCCAAUCCGAAGUGACGUGUCGGAGAGGAUCAGGAGAACCUGCAGCGCGGCAAAGUCCAUGAAACAAUCGUCAAAGUUGAAGGAUGGCAAGUCGACGAGUCCUUCCAAUGCAGAUAGCCCCGCUCAGGUUGACAUGCUUGCUACCGUCUGGGACGCUUUUGUUCAAACGAUUCCAAUGGCUCCCGAGUAUGCAUCUCAAGCUGCCGAGUUCUUCAAUGUCGCUCUCUGGGUCUUCCGCUCAGUUGCAGAGAAAUCCCCGCGAGAUGUUAUCUUCACCCAGUAUCUGAAAGAAUGGAGUGAAGUUAUGCUUCGUCACGAGACUGAAGAGUUCAUCGGACGCGAGCUAGUUGAUAACUUGGUACUGGGUCUUGCUGGGCUUUUGGAGCAGUGUCUUGAGUCAGCAGACUCCGCCAAUGUUGACUUGGAAACCUUUGACCUUGCAGAGCAAAUCAUCAGCAAGUAUCUGUUUCCAGAGCUUGCUAAUGAGAAUGAUGAGAUCAUCGUCCCUCGCACGCCUCACAUGCAUACGGAGACGCGACAGAAGCUUUACAGUAUCAUCAGACUGCUGUGCAAGAGAAGUGACGACAAUGUUGUACGCAUCAUGCAGCAUCUGGAAGGGGUAAUUCCGCGAGAUGAAUCGUACAGUCCGACCUGGUGCCAUGACCGCACCAAGAUGAUCCGAGCCCCAGAGGGGUACGCCGGUCUUAAGAAUCUUUCGAAUACGUGCUAUUUGAACUCCCUGAUGACCCAAUUGUUCAUGAACACUGAAUUCCGUGGGUUCAUGCUGGGUCUUAGUCUUGUGGAUCCCGACGUGUCGCAAAAGCUUCUCGACGAGACGCAGAAGCUCUUCGCCUGGAUGCAGGAUACCUGGAUGAAAAGUGUUGAUCCGGAGGGCUUCGUGGAGAGCAUUCGGACCUAUGACAACGAAGCGAUCGACGUCACAGUUCAGAUGGAUGUUGAUGAGUUCUACAAUCUGCUUUUCGAUCGCUGGGAAGCUCUGAUCAUGAAUCCGGACGACAAGAAAAGAUUCCGGUCUUUCUAUGGAGGCCAACUUGUUCAGCAGAUCAAAUCCAAGGAGUGCUCCCACAUUUCAGAGCGAGAGGAGCCAUUCUCUGCUAUUCAAUGUGAUAUCAAGGGCAAGGCCAGCCUGGAUGAGAGUCUGCAGGCGUAUGUUCAGGGAGAGAUCAUGCAAGGAGACAACAAGUACUUCUGCUCGGGUUGUGGCCGCCAUGUGGACGCGGUCAAGCGUGCUUGUUUGAAGGACGUUCCCGACAACUUAAUUUUCCACCUCAAGCGAUUUGACUUUGACAUGGUCACCAUGACGCGAAGCAAGAUCAACGAUGAGUUCCAGUUUCCCCGACUCAUCGAUAUGACACCGUACAAGGUGGACCACCUCUCUGAUCCCAGCAUCCCAACCGAGCCCGACAUGUUCGAACUGGUUGGUGUUCUGGUGCAUACUGGUACCGCGGAAUCGGGACAUUACUACUCCUACACUCGUGAGCGGUCAUCGAACGGUUCUUCGCCUCUGUGGGUCGAGUUCAAUGACUCGGAUGUAUCCAAGUUCGAUCCGGCGACUAUUGCGGACCACUGCUUUGGGGGUCAGACCGAAGCAGCCCACAACAUGGGAGGUGUGCAGAUCAACAAGGUCUGGAACGCCUACAUGCUCUUUUACCAGCGGGUUUCCACGAUGGAAGAGCCCCGGAAGGACAUCCAGUUCUCUAAACCGGGGUAUCCUGCGCGGGUUCGCGUUCCAACAGCCUUUGCCAAUCACAUUGCUAUGGACAAUGAGUUGUUUAUUCGGACUUAUUGUCUGCUGGAACCAGCGUACAUGAAGCUGAUCCCCGAGAUAUUGUAUCGCGUCCGACAGAUGGACCCCAAUUCUUUGAACCACCCCCAGCUGGAGGUGAUGGGAAUAGAGCUUGGUCUGGACACAUUGGAGCAACUGAUCGCCCGGACGAAAGAGCCAGUAGGACUUCUCGGUGUCUACGAGGAACUCAAGAUGCUGAUUCGAAGCCCCCAUGGUGCCCUUCGCGCACUCCAGUGGUUCGCUCGUUGGCCAACUACAAUGCGAAACCUGGUGCUGAGAAUCUUCCAGUAUGAGGUUCGGCAGAAGGAAGUGUCUAUCAUCAUCGAUGCUGUUCGUUGUUUGAAGAUCUCUUUGCAAACACCUGGCAUCGACGAGGAGAAGCGAGCCGUCUGGCAGAAUGACCUCGAGGAGGCCGUUGGGACCCUCGUGUCUAUGCUCGCAGAGCUUUGGCCCGCUCUCCAUACCAUUCCUCGCGUGUGGGACGAGUACUUUGAGUUCUUCAUCAAGCUUACCGAGUUGGGGCAAGAGACCACCGAUGCCAUUCUCGCUAAUGGUAUGCUCGUCAAGUGCUUGGAAAUCAUAUGGCUUGACUCUGAAGACCGCCGGGCCUUGAAGGGACGGUAUGCUGGCUAUUGCCGGUUGAUCGACAAGGGUCGUCAGUUCUCCUAUAGAAACUUGAUGACCCUCUGCGCGAUGCUCUUCCAGCGAAUCAAUUUCUCGCUUGCACCAGUCGCCUCGAUGACUGCUCGCGAAAGGGGUGCUGAUGGUCGGCCCUCGCUCAGUGCGGCGGAGGCUAGGUUUAUCAGACCCCUCGAGUAUCAGAAGCCUACAGACGACUGUGCGGUCCUUGUGCUUUUGAUGAAAUUGCUCCAUCAUGAUCAGAUUUGCGUCCAACCCGAGGUCUCUCAAGUCAUUGUCACUUCCCUCCUCGAGCCCGAGUCUGGCUUUAUGCCACACGUCUUGAAGACGCUGGAAGUUGGUCUACGAUACUCACCUGCCGACCUCUGCAUUCCAUUCCUUGAAUGCGCGGUCGUUUUCUGCAAGCAAGCUUCGGAUGAGGAGUCUAUCAUUAGCUUGAUCAAUUUUGUUGCAAAGGGCGUGGAUUCUAUUAACAACCGCGCCGGGAACGAGCAUCUCGAAUUUUUCACUCAAAUUUGCAGCAUUUCCAACGAGCGACUGCAUUUGGAUAGUGAAUGGUUCAUAGCGGCUGUCGAAGAUCGAAUCCCGGAUUUUGUUCCAACCUUGCUAAUCUACAAUCAUCCAAAUGUCCGCCGGCGCACCAUGGAUGUCUUGCACAGCUUACUCUUCGUCAGUGAUAAGAGCGAGAUGGCUGACGAGGAGACGAAAGCACGAUUUGCUCGUAUUGCUCGUGAACUCACGUUUGCCUGUGUCCAGCGGAUCACCGCUACAUUCAUCAUGAGUCAGAUUCAGAGCGUCGAGUCCCGAAUUGUCUCUCCCAUUACUACAACAAUCACCCAUUGUUUGGAGACGUACUUUGACGAGAACGACGAGGAUGACAAGAGACAAAUCGAGCAGGCAAAUGCGGUCUUGCUACGUCUCCAAGAAAUGACGGUUGAUGUCCCGGACGACCUUGUCUCAGAUUCCGAGAUAGCCUCUGCUGAGGAGUGGGAGGCCACAUCCGCAUUGGCCAGUGACUCCGAGAUGGGUCUUGCGGGAACCCCGUAGACUUGGGCAGUGGAGAAAGCCUCUCGCGGCCGACUUCGAAUCUGGCUGUUUCUUUUGUCCUACCCGGCGUUUGGGCUGUUUCCGGCUUUUGACUGUUUCAUUUAACUUGCACAACGAGCGACAUGGAUCUUAUGAUGGCAAGAUUCCUUGACGAUUUAUGACCUUUUGCGUGACUUUGUUUGUUAUCCCUUCACCUCUCUGCAUUGUAGAGAUGGGCGUUAUUUCCGGGGGGAAUGGGGGACUAUGAUCACCCUGCCCGGAUGUUGCAAUAAAAGGCGUUCGGAAGAGACUAUGGCUCUCUAUGAAUGAUACAGAUACUACUUUGUACUAUAUCUUGUUGACUUUGUAGUUUUGCCAUGCGUAGAGAA